GGAGCCGGAUCUAAGAUGGCAGCAGCGACGGCGGCGGCGGGGCCGGGCGUGGGCGGCGCAGGGGCGGCCGGCCCGGGUGUCGCGGGGCCCUGCGGGGCCGUGUCCGUGUUCCCCGGCGCCCGCCUCCUCACCAUCGGCGACGCGAACGGCGAGAUCCAGCGGCACGCGGAGCAGCAGGCACUGCGCCUCGAGGUGCGCGCCGGCCCGGACGCGGCGGGCAUCGCCCUCUACAGCCAUGAAGACGUCUGUGUGUUCAAGUGCUCAGUGUCCCGGGAGACAGAGUGCAGCCGUGUGGGCAAGCAGUCCUUCAUCAUCACCCUCGGCUGCAACAGCGUCCUCAUCCAGUUCGCCACACCCAGCGAUUUCUGUUCCUUCUAUAACAUCCUGAAAACCUGCCGGGGCCACACCCUGGAGCGGUCCGUGUUCAGCGAGCGCACGGAGGAGUCCUCUGCUGUGCAGUAUUUCCAGUUUUAUGGCUACCUGUCCCAGCAGCAGAACAUGAUGCAGGACUACGUGCGGACGGGCACCUACCAGCGCGCCAUCCUACAGAACCACACGGACUUCAAGGACAAGAUCGUUUUAGACGUUGGCUGUGGCUCUGGGAUCCUGUCAUUUUUUGCCGCCCAAGCUGGAGCAAGGAAGAUCUACGCGGUGGAGGCCAGCACCAUGGCCCAGCAUGCCGAGGUCCUGGUGAAGAGUAACAACCUCACCGACCGCAUUGUGGUCAUCCCCGGGAAGGUGGAGGAGGUGUCCCUCCCCGAGCAGGUGGACAUCAUCAUCUCGGAGCCCAUGGGCUACAUGCUCUUCAACGAACGCAUGCUCGAGAGCUACCUCCACGCCAAGAAGUACCUGAGGCCUGGUGGAAACAUGUUUCCCACCAUUGGCGAUGUCCACCUCGCACCCUUCACUGACGAACAGCUCUACAUGGAGCAGUUCACCAAGGCCAACUUCUGGUACCAGCCAUCCUUUCAUGGAGUGGACCUGUCAGCCCUCCGAGGCGCUGCGGUGGACGAGUAUUUCCGGCAGCCUGUGGUGGACACAUUUGACAUCCGGAUCCUUAUGGCCAAGUCUGUCAAGUACACGGUGAACUUCUUAGAAGCCAAAGAAGGAGAUUUGCACAGGAUAGAAAUCCCAUUCAAAUUCCACAUGCUGCAUUCCGGGCUGGUUCACGGUCUGGCUUUCUGGUUUGACGUCGCUUUCAUUGGCUCCAUAAUGACCGUGUGGUUGUCCACGGCGCCGACGGAACCCCUGACCCACUGGUACCAGGUCCGGUGCCUGUUCCAGUCACCACUGUUUGCCAAGGCCGGGGACACGCUCUCAGGGACAUGUCUGCUUAUUGCCAACAAAAGACAGAGCUAUGACAUCAGUAUUGUGGCCCAGGUAGACCAGACAGGCUCCAAGUCCAGUAACCUCCUGGAUCUGAAAAACCCCUUCUUCAGAUACACCGGGACGACGCCCUCUCCCCCGCCGGGCUCCCACUACACAUCCCCCUCGGAGAACAUGUGGAACACCGGCAGCACCUAUAACCUCAGCAGCGGGAUGGCUGUGGCCGGAAUGCCAACCGCCUACGACCUGAGCAGUGUUAUCGCCGGCGGCUCCAGCGUGGGCCACAACAACCUGAUUCCUCUAGCCAACACGGGGAUUGUCAAUCACACCCACUCCCGGAUGGGCUCCAUAAUGAGCACGGGGAUUGUCCAAGGCUCUUCUGGCGCCCAGGGCAGCAGCGGCGGCAGCUCCAGCGCCCACUAUGCGGUCAACAGCCAGUUCACCAUGGGCGGCCCCGCAAUCUCCAUGGCCUCGCCCAUGUCCAUCCCGACCAACACCAUGCACUACGGGAGCUAGGCCCGCCCAGCGUGGAACAGACUGACAGCACCAGGAAACCAAAUGAAGACCCUGCCCACCCCACCCCUCCACCUGGGCGGCUCUCACCCCUGUACUGGAGAAGCCGAACAACCAGUCACAGCCCUCUUUGCUACGGGAACUCGAACACUUUUUUACACAACGUUGCCGCCGCCCCCACCCCACCGCCCACCCACAUCUUGGCCCUGAGCGCGUGUCGCUGCCAUAUUUUACACACGAUCAUGUCAUGGGAGCCCUGUUGCCCCCUCCUAUCCUCUCCACCCUGACCUGGGCUUGACAUCUUCUGUAACAGGCGUGUCUGGGCCUGACAGCUGCAGGCCUGGCAGGGGGAUGGAAGCAGCUGCUGCCGGGUCCCUGGGGCCUGCCCUCCUCGGUCUCUAGCAGGAAGGCUCUCCUGGCUGGGCGGGGCCUCCCCUUCAACUACCAGGCCUUGGUCACAAUGGGCGUGACAUGCUGCUUUUUUUAAUUUUAUUUUUUUACGAAAAGAACCAGUGUCAAUCCACAGACCCUCUGAGAAAUCAGGCCGGCCGGGCCGAGCCAGCAGCCCCUCUCCCCGACUCAGAGGCUCAGUGGCGAGGGGCAGCCCUGCGGGUCUGCAGGAUGGGGCAGGGCUGGGCCUCUGGACCCCUCGGCCCCCUCCCACCAAAGGGUUCACCUCACACUUGAAUGUACAACCCACCCGGCUGUCGGGAAGGCCCUCCGUCCUCGGCCCCUGCCUCUUGCUGCUGUCCUGUCCCUGAGCCCCUGCAGGUCUCCCACCCCCACCCGCACCCAGAGCUAGAACAGGUGGCCCUGUGGGCCCUGGAGGGAAGGGUCACCAUCAGCCACUUGGGGCAGACACAAACCUCAAGGGUCUGUGGUGAAAGGCGUCCUUUUUCCGUGUAGCUAAUGUUAGGCCUGUGUGUCCCCUUAAGUAUUUGUAGAUGCUCAAGUCCCCACUAUAAUGGCAUUUUGGUCCCUCCCCAGUCUGGGAAGGGGCCUUGCAGGGACCCCUCCAAAAAAGAAAAGCAAAAUAAACAAGGAAAUGUAUGUUUCA